AUGCUCCGACGGACGAGAAGAGCACCGACAGCAUGCUCUUGGUGCCAUCAUCGGAAGGUUCGCUGUGACGCGUCCCUUUUAGGCUGCCCAUGUACCCGCUGCCGCCAGGAUGGUCGCAGCGAUUGCACUCUUCGGGCGAAAUGUCCAAAACCGCAUGUACCCCCUCAACGGAAUAAACCCCCAAGAAGCAGCAAGUCACAGCCCUCGGAGGCCUUACCAUUCGAUCAGAAACCGACCAGAAGAGCAGGAGUUCAAGCGACGCUCCCGCAGAGGGCGUCGAGUGAGAUCAUCGAGCUGAUCCAAGUUACCCACUCUGAUUUUGAAGAUGACUUCACCAGAGUACCUCAAAAUCGCCCAUGUGUUCUUCAUCUCGACCAGUGUCCAUUUAUAAGUUUAGAUGGCCUGGCAAGCCUUGCACCAGAAGACAUCACAUUUAUAGGUUCAAAAGGUUCUCUCACUGUACCUGAGCCUGGUCUGGCGAGGAUUUUUGUGAAUCAAUUUUUCAAGCAUAUCCAUCCAACUAUCCCAGUAUUGGAUGAAGCUGAAUUCUGGAAAGCCUUUGAAGGCAAUGGGUCCGAUACGCUUUCCCCGUUCAUCUUUCAGACUGUUCUCUUUGCGAGCUGCCCAUUUGUCCCGGUAGAUGUAUUGCAGAGAUGCGGAUUUGUAAGCAAGAGAGAUGCUCGGAUAAAAUUAUAUGACAGGUCUAAGAUCCUUUACGAUUUAAAAGCCGAGACACGUCCAUCUGCCAAAGCCCAAGGUGCCAUCCUCCUGACUCAUCAUACCUCUGCCGAAGCACCCCAAGCUGGAAGCCUAUGGCUCAGCCGUGCCAUUGAAGAUGCUAUGAUGGUCGACGCACAGCCAACAACUAAUAUGGAUCUUAUGGAUGGCUCGAUGAAGAAACGCCUAUGGUGGUCCAUUUUACUGCGGGAUAGGAGUCUCGGAAUCGGAUUGCGCCGACAUCCGCAAGUCACCUCCAAUAUUCUACAUGGGUACCCAGAGUGGCUACGAGAGGAAGACUUCCAAAGCGAAAUGCAUCAUUCUCGAGUUUACAACUAUACAACAAAGAAGCUUAUUUUCGACGCCUUUCAUGAACAGUGUCAGCUUGCCGUCCUACUUACGGACCUUGUUUCAUUACCUCUUAUUCUAUCGAUGCACUAA